AUGAAAAAAUCAACUAGAUGUGCUGGCUGCAAAUAUUUGAGGAGAAGAUGUCCACCAGAUUGUGUUCUAAAGCCAUAUUUUCCCUCAACCAAUCCUCAGAGAUUCUCAUUUGCUCAUAAAGUCUAUGGUGCCAGCAAUAUUACCAGAAUUCUAACAAGACUUCAGGAGCAUUUACGAGCUAAGGCUGCGGAUAGCAUGUGUUAUGAAGCGAAUAUACGUGUUAAGGAUAGGUGUGUUGGAGAAAUCAAUCGAUUGCAACAACAGAUAAUUCAAGGUCAAAAUGAGAUAAAAAGGAUCAAGGAUGAAAUGGCAGUUCAAAAUGCACUGAGACAACAACAGCUGCAGCUGCAGUAUCAGCAGCAAAUGGUUCAUGCUAAUGAUAAAGAUGACGCGUUUUCAUAUGCAAGUUCAAUUGAGCAGAAACCCAACCUCAGCAUAUCUCAACAGCCUUUUGAUGCGUCCACCUUUGCUUGGUUUCCAUGA